CCCCCAGUGCCAGCCCAAUAGACUGAUGAGUUAUUGUCAUGUAAAAAAGCGCUAGCAAUAAGACCAAACGCUUUGCUAUUGUCCAAGCGGAAAGAGCCAAGUUUAUUAUGAGGACUAUAUGCUCUAGAGACCUCGGGCUAGGCGGCUCUUAGGGGGCUUUUCAUAAAACAGGGCUAGGUUCCUAUAAAGGAGGCCAGUUUUGGAGCAGGCGCUGAGCAGUGAACAUCUACCCACCGUCCAGCCUCCUUCCAACCAGUUCAAACCAAACAAGUCAUCUUUCCCCCCCAACUCAGACCGCGCGUCCUCCUCAUUUUUAUUUUAUUUUUUUUACUUUCUAACCCAAUUUUUUUGGGUAGUUUUUGUUUGACGUUUUUUUUUCCCGGGAAGUGCAGCUUUCUAACUCCACCGAGCCUUCUCAAAUGUAUAAAAUGGAGUAUUCUUACCUAAAUUCCUCUGCCUACGAGUCAUGUAUGGCCGGGAUGGACACGACGAGCUUGGCAUCGGCCUAUGCGGACUUCAGCUCGUGCAGUCAAGCCAGUGGGUUUCAGUACAAUCCCAUCAGGACCACUUUCGGGGCCACCUCCGGCUGUCCGUCCCUCACGCCGGGGUCCUGCAGCCUGGGGACCCUGCGGGACCACCAGAGCAGCCCGUACGCCGCAGUUCCCUACAAACUGUUCACGGAUCACGGUGGACUGAACGAGAAGAGGAAGCAGAGGCGCAUCCGGACCACGUUCACCAGCGCCCAGCUGAAGGAGCUGGAGCGGGUUUUUGCUGAGACUCACUACCCGGACAUCUACACCAGAGAGGAGCUGGCACUCAAAAUCGAUCUGACUGAAGCCAGAGUGCAGGUGUGGUUCCAAAACAGGCGCGCCAAGUUCCGCAAGCAGGAGCGGGCAGCUGCAGCGGCCGCAGCGGCUGCCAAGUCCAACUCUGGAAAAAAGUCCGACUCCAGAGACGAAGACAGCAAAGACACCAAAUCUACCGACCCCGACAGCACAGGAGGACCGGGCCCGAACCCCGUGCCCACCUCCAACUGCAGCGGACCGAGCCCCACCGGAGGCCAGGUCAACACCACCGGGAACGGACAGGUGGACCAAGUGAAGACCUCCGUGUCCACCGGCAUGGGGGUGACAGCACCGAGCCAAGGCUGGGCCACCGCCCCGGGGACCAUCACCUCUAUCCCGGACUCAUUGGGCGGGCCGUUCGCCAGCGUACUGUCGUCUUUGCAAAGACAGAACGGAGCCAAAGCUACAUUAGUAAAGACCAGCAUGUUCUAAUGAAGCUUCACAGCGGGGGGAGAAAACAGAGCAAAGAGGGAAAGAGAUGAGUUUCCUCUUCCCCCGGAGACUGAAAAGCAAUUGCCCGAGACAGACUAAAGGACAAUAACAAGCAGUUAAAAAGAAGACGACAACCCUGUUAUUUUAUUUCUAUGCCUUGCGUCGUUUCUUGUGGUCAGUUGACACCUUUGCUGUAAAAAUAUCCAUCUUGACAAGUCAUGUUGUCUGAUAAUAACAUCGUUUUUGUUUUCUUAAAACAAGUGCAACUCGGGUGAAACGUUUCCACUUGUUUCCGGUCACGUCUAAAGACUGAAACCCUGAAAAAAACAUGCGUAAAUUCAGAACAAGACAACACAUCUCAUCCCAAAGCAAAAUGUCCCUCUUGUUUUAGGAAACAAACAGAUUUAGGACUGAACACUGGAUCAAGUGACUUGUUAAGAUGAACAUUUUUCUGUGGCCAAUUUGUGAGCAAACAGACGUGUGCGCACCGGAAACGCGCGGUGCCACCAGCGCUCAAAGGAGCCUCGUGAAGUCACAUUAAAUGUCAGAGUUCAACAGCUGCUUUGUUUGGUAGAGAGAUGAUUCAUAUCCAUGACUGAGGAUGCUCUCUGACACAACAAAUAUCCACCGAGACGCUGACGCAUUUUGCUUUCCUGUCUCUCUCUAUAAACACAACCUGCUGUUUGGGAAGUAGCCUCUUUAACAGCUGUUUGUUUUUUGUUUCCAGGGCUGCUGAGAGUUUAGUUUCUUUAAAUUAUCGAUAUAAACACAAUUAUUUCCUCGAGAAAAAAAGGCACAAACUACUGCAAUGUUCACCUCUGACAGGAAAUCUGUGUGUUUUGUGUGUCUUUCUACGGCAGUGUUUUUGUGGCUCAAACUGUAUAGUGUUAAUACGUAUUAUUGUCUCCUAUAGUUGAACCAUAGGCCAUACUCCCUCGUAGAUCGAUCAUACAAGUCUUUUUGAUGUUUUACAAAAUUCCCUCGGAAGAAUUUAUUUUGGGUAAAAAAAAGGGGAAUGGAUGCAAACAUUGUAUUUAUUUCUAUAUAAUUUGCAUGUUGUCUCUUUGUCUGAUUUUACAAUGAUUUCUCUUCCAUUUUGUGAGCAUUAUGUAACAUGUUUUGUCCAGGAUCUGAAAGUUAUUUAUAUGUAGGUAAUGAAUGCUUAUAUUUAAGAAGGAAAUAUUUCUACAUGUGCACAUAGUUUUCCAGGUGUACCAUUGAAAUGGUUGUUGAUGAUAAAAAAAUAAUAGUCCAAGUUGCUUUUUUGUCAUGUUUUCUUCAGUUAGAUAAGAAAACCGAACAAAGUU